AUGACUCAGGUGCCUGCUGACUACCUGUCAACCACCAGCUCCUACAACUAUGAGCAGCCCCUUCCCUCCGUGGCUCGGACAAGCACUCUCACCAAGGUACCCCCAGCCAAAAAAAUAACUUUCUUCAAGAGUGGAGAUCCUCAAUUUGCAGGAGUCAAGAUGGCCAUCAACCAGCGAAGCUUCAAGAGCUUCAAUGCACUCAUGGAUGACCUCUCUCAUAGGGUCCCACUGCCAUUUGGGGUACGGACCAUCACCACCCCACGAGGAAUACACUGCAUCAGUGAGUUGGACCAGCUGGAGGAUGGGGGGUGCUACCUUUGCUCUGACAAGAAAUACGUCAAACCUAUUAGCAUUAUGUCUGGGGGACACAGGCCAGUCCCUCCGCGAAGUGGCCGUCCCUCCAGUACCUUGAGAAGAGCAGCUCAGGAGAGCAAACUUGAAGAUUAUUCCUCACCUUUCACUCACCAUGGCCCCAGAAUACCCAAGAAAAUCACUCUUGUUAAGAAUGGAGAAAGUGGGUUUCGGCGCUCAAUUAUCUUGAACCGCAGAAACGCCAGGAGUUUCAAAACGCUCCUGGAUGAGAUUUCUGAGAUCCUACAGUUCCCAGUGAAGAAGCUCUACACUGUUGAUGGGAGGAAGAUCGACAGCAUGCAGGCUCUGCUCCACUGCCCCAACGUGCUGGUGUGUGUCGGCCGGGAGCCAUUUAAACCCGUAUCAAUGGAGAAUUUGAGGAAACACUCGGUGGAGAAGCUGCCUGACCUGGCUCCCCGCUCCAACGGCAACAACGGCAAUGAAAACAAUGACAGUAAGGAAAACGUGAACUUUGGACUGAAAGCCAAAAAAAGUGUUAUUCAUCCACGGUCAUCAUCAAGCAACAGGUCGAUGAGAUUUUCGUUAUCAUCAGAAAAGUCCUACCCUAAUGGUCUCGCUGCCUCACCGGAUAACGGCGCACCUUUCUCCAACAGUUGCUCACAUCCAAAACCUGGGGACCUGGUCCAUUCCUUGGUCAAUGACGACAUAGAAAAACGGGUGCAUGUGAACAAGGAUGGCAGCCUGUCUGUUGAGAUGAAAGUUCGCUUCCGCUUGCUAAACGAUGAGACUUUGCAAUGGUCCACCCAGAUCAAGAAGUCCAAUCUGAUGAACCAGAUGCCUUGUGAAGAGUCAGGUGUGGAGGACAGUGGAGUAGAUCCCAUGCAGAAAAUGAACCCAGAAGCCAGCUCAGAGGCAGAUGAGUCAUUAUAUCCCUGUGAUAUUGAUUCUUACAUGUCAAAACUUGAGGAAUCAGAAUGUGACGAGGCUCAUUGUCAUAGCUGUGGCAAGAAACAUCAGGACUAUGACAUCUGGAAAAAUCCCAUGCACACAUCCCAGAGGGAAGAGCCCAGCGUACGAAGCACCUGGCACACACGGUCGUCAUGCUCCAGUACAUCUUCCCGGAGGAGAGUAGUCCACAAAAAAAUGGCUUCCGUGGAUAGCCUCCACACCACAUCCAGUGAGGAAUUUUCUGAGCACAUUGUGCAAGAGUCCUCAUCCUACUCAGAAACUAUAGAGAACAGAGUGGCAUAUCGAUCCAUUAAAAAGUGUAGGUGUCGCAGUGAUUUGUCUACAGGUGCUUCCAAUGGAGAAGACCAGCAAGAAUACACUCGGACAAGCACAAGCAAUAGUCAGAGACCUUCAUCUUUGGGCUUAAUGUCACAUUCAAGCUGUGAAAACAACCUGGAUACUCAGGAUGCCCCUGAAGACCAUGAAGCCAGCAAAAGCAAUUCACAAAAUGAAGAUGAAAACUGUUGUGAAGUUUCCUCUGUGAAGUGCUUAAAGGAUGAUGUAGAAGAGGUUGAGAGCAGCAGAGUGGGGAGUGUCAUGUCAAGGUCAUCUCUGCAGUCCAGACAGAGCAAGAAGAACAUAUGUGAGGAAACAAGUAGCGUGGGUAGGAGCAUAUCCUCAUCCAGCCUUCAGAAGGCAAAUCACGAAGAUAACACUAGGUGCUCCACCCCUGCCAACAGUGUGUACAGCAAGUCUAGUAACUGUGCUACACCAAGAGCAAAGAGUGAACAAGACGACCACUCUGAUGACAAUGCAGUGGUCUCUUCCUUCUCCAGUGAGUCCUGCCCUAAAAAAGAGGCUGAAGAGGUUGAAGCAGAACAAGAAGAAAAUGAGAUCAGUGAAGUCAGCUCAGUUUCAGCAAAAACAAAGCCCAGCCAGCCAAUAAGAGAUGAGAGCAGUGAAGGCGAGCGAUGCUCUACACAAGGAACCCCAAAUUCCAGAGCUAGUGACAGGAACAGCAAGAGAAGUGAGAGUGAUGAAAUCAUUCAGUGCAAUGCCUCAUGCUCUUCCAGAGGAUCCAAAAAGAGCAAACACAGCCAUAUUCAUAUGGAUGCACAGUCUGAAAUGUCUGUGUCUUCACUUGGGUCCACGCCGAAUAAAAAGAAGAAUUCCCUACAUGCAGAUGACCUGAGAUCAUGCAGCAGGGCAUCUAAUUACUCCAAAAGCUCAUGUGAAAUCAAGAAAAAAUCUAUCGAAGACCCCAUGUCUCAUAACUCGGGAUCUUUCCACUCAAACAUUUCAUCUACUAGUGAAGCAGAGGUAAUUGCAGGUGUUACUGAGGAGAAAAGCUUGAAAAGUGCCACCAAUGGCUACAGUGAAUCCUCAAAAGGCUCAAAGAGAAUCCAUAGAGAAGAAAACAGCAGGCCAUCAUCCCUCUGCUCAAGUGUUUCAAGCCCUAAUCAAAAAGCUGGAGAGGGUCAUUCCAAGAUGAAUUCAGAGAUGGCUUCUUCAAGACAUGGAAGUAUGAGUGAGAGUGUAUGUUCAAAAGGUGACCUCUCAGCUGAGGCUGGGAUUAGGAAUGGAAAUCCUGAAAGCGUCUCUUCAAGAGUCUCUUCAAAGUCAGAAGAAAAAGAUAAAUGCAUGUUGACACAGAUAUCCCAGGAAAGUGAUGAUAGGUGUUCACAAUCAAACAUGUCUCAAUCUUCAAAAUCAAGGCAGGUAAAAACUAGACAUCUUCGUGUGAAGAUGUCAAACUCCAGCCGAGCUUCAUUGUCUGAGACUUUGUCAGUAUGUAGUUUGCAUUGCCCUGCCCCACCAAAAGGGAAGCCAAACAGCAAAAAAAUACGGUCAGCCAUCCUGAAGAAUUCCUCCAUUAGCAGCAUAGGUACUGAAUCAGUUGUAGCUGCAGGAAAAGAGCAGAAAGAAAUUAUAGAUUCCUCCAAAGCAACUUCCUAUGGGUCUAAAUCAGCUGCAACCGAAGUAAAUGAUCAGAAGAAUAAAGAGAUUGAUGACUCUUGCAACAGAAAAGUGGAUGAAGAGUUAGAGGGCACGGACAAGCAGGAGGAAGGGAGUGACUUAAUGCCAUCUACUCUACCAAAUACAUCUCCAGAAGAAGUAGUGCAAGAAUGGCUAAGUAAAAUCCCUUCAGAAUCAUUGCUUAUGAAAUAUGAAAUGGAGGAUGGUGCAGAAGAGGAAUGUAUAGAGGCAACCACUGAGGUAUCAUACUGUACAAACACUGAGGAAAUCUCAGAGGAUGAAAAAGCUGAGAAGAAGAAUGUGGAGGAGGCUGAAAACGAGGCAAAGGAUGAAGUGGGAAAAGAGACAGAAGAAGGCACUGCAAUUAAUGAAGAGGUUGAAGAAUGCGUAAAUCAGGAAAAAAUUUCUGAGGUUGUGCCUGAAGCUGCCAAGGCUGACCAGGCAGAAUGCAGCCAGUCAGUUACAUCCAGCCAAAAUAACAACAGAAGAGACCUGCCAACAUCUGUCCAGACUUCCGUCCAAAUCAUGAAGGCCUUGCUCAGUUCAAAAAAUGAAACGAAAUUUGACCGAUCAAACAGUUUGCCUGAAGUGUCCCCCACUAUGGGGAGAAAACUGAGUAACUCUGCCAACAUUUUGAUUACUUGUCUUGCCAGUCUCCAGUUCCUUGAUGAAGAGUCAGAAGAUCCAUCAGAUAAAUCAAAACAUUUGAACAAGCCAAGGUAUAUGGAGCUGCUAAAUAUUUUUCAAGCCCUGUGGUUUGGAUGCACAGCUGAAAAAAGUGGUCCAAGUUCAGGUCAAGAGGCAAGUGAGCCAGCAAAGACAGCCUCUGGCUUUAAAGUCCCAAAAUCUACAGAUUAUGACUUCACUCCCAUGUCCUCCUCUGGGGUUGAUGUUAGCAGUGGUUCUGGUGGCUCAGGAGAAGAGACUACAGCUGCUGCCAGGGACUGCACAUUAAUGGCACAGAAAAUGGUUGAAUUCAAGUCAGCUGGACAAGUGGAAAAUGUGGAGGCUGGCACUGAACUGACUGAGGUUGAGGAACAAAGUAAAGAGGAAGUGCAGUCAUCCCGACCUUCAACAGCCUGCUCAAAAUCAAAAGGUGAAGAAGCAGCACAGCCUACUAGAGAGGAAUCUCUAACUCAGGAGGCAGAAGAGAAUAAGGAGGAUCAGUGCAAACUGAAAGCUGAUUUGGAAGAGCAACCUGAAAAAGUGUCUGCAAAUGACCCAAAGCCCAGUGUCAACAUGGCCACAAGUGUGGGCCCAUCCCUUGUCCAACAAAACUCAGUGGAUCCAGACCCAACCUGGGUCCUGAGGCUGCUCAAGAAAAUCGAGAAGGAGUUCAUGGCUCACUAUGUCAGUGCCAUGAACGAAUUAAAAGUCAGGUGGAACCUGGAGAACAACCAACAGAUGGAUGAAAUGAUACUCGAACUGAAGGAGGAAGUGAGCAAAAGGAUACAAAAAAGCAUAGAGAAGGAGCUGAGGAAGAUCAAAACCAGGGCAGGGAAGAAGACACCGAGACCUCCGGAUGAACCACUCAAGCGUGAGUCAACACUCCAAACUGAGCAGAGAAGACGGCGAUUGCAGACUAUGCAUAAAAAGUCACUCUUCAGUGACAAGAAUGGAACCCAGAGUAGGCUAGAGGACACAUCAGACUUAUCAUUUGAUGUAGAUGAAGAUACAGCAUUCAGUGCAGCUUUUGAGGCCAGCAUUAGUAAACAAACUAGUGAGGAGGAAUACUGCCCAUGUGACUCUUGUGUGAGGAAAAAAUUGGCUUCCAAGCCUUCAAGAAACCCAGUGGUGGCCGCCAAUGCUCCAGUCACGAAAGCAUUUGAUUUACAGCAAAUCCUGAGGUUGAAGAAAAAUGAUGAGGAAGUCUGUGUCUCAGAAGCAGCUCAGGACACCAAAACAAUUCCUAGAAGUUCUGUGGAGGAAGCAACAGAAAAUGGCAAUCCAGAUGAUGAGAAUAAUGAGGGUGAGGUUCAGCCAAGGGAAGUGGAAAUGGAAGGUAAUGAAGAAAAGGAGCCAGAAUUAAACGAAGUUGGCAGCUCAGUGUUGAACGAAGAUGGAGAAGAAGCUGAUGAGAAGUCCAAAGCUGAAGAUGAAGCUGACGAUGAAGCUGAAGAAGCAGAGGAGCCAGAGAAUGAGGACAUUGGGGCUGAUGAUGAGGAAGAGACAUCUGAAUGCAGAGGAAAUGCUGGAACUGACAACAAUCCUGAAGGAGAUGCUGCAGAAGGAAGUGAAGAAGCUGAGCAGGAUGAAGCUGUGCCAGUGGAAGAUGCAAAUCUGGAGUCAGAAGUUGAGGCACAUUCUGCUGAGGAAGAAAACAACAGUGAGGGAGGUGACAAAUAUGAUGAGGGUGAUGAGGAACCUACCAGUGAUGACCCUGACAAGGCACAUGAAGUCAAAGGCAAUAAUAAGGUUUCUGAGAAAGCCUCAAAGGCCAAAGGCCAUAAAAACAACAAAAGGCUAGACAUUCUGAACAAAGCAGCCGCCUUUUCUUGUUAUUCUUCCGUGGGAAACUUCUCACAGCAAUCCCAGAAGGGGUCUGAAGAUGAAGGUGAAGAGGAAUGCAAAAAUGACAACAGUCCCAUGAACAACCACUCCAACGGAGAGGUUCAAAGUGGUGAUAGCAGCAAGCCCUCACAGAUGUAUCCUGACAGUGACGAAGAAGAAGAGGACAAAGCAUCUUCAUGCACUGAUCCUUUGGGAGAUGAAGAUCAGGCAGAUGCUGAAGGUGCAGAUCCAAAGGAGGGUGAACCUACCGAGGAAAUUCAGGAUUCUAAAAAGAAAGAAGACUCUGAUGAGAUUGACCAGGAUGACCUGGACUUCUAG